AUAAUGGAUGGAAGAACAUCAUCUUCAAGUCACGUCAAUUUUCGUAUACCAAAGAAGAAAACAAACACCAAGUCAGAGGAUGUCCAAGUUCAGUCCCCUUUGGCAAGGCUCCCAGGCUCCCACCAUUGGGACUACCCUUUAAAAGAGUGGAAGUUAAGUGCCAACAACAGAGAGCCUUCCACAAAAGGAGAAAGGCAGAAGAACUGCAACAGACACAGCUCUAAUGAUGAAGAGUCAGUUGGGCAACCCAAAGUUAUCUUGACGAAUGUCCUGAGGACGAAAAUAGGAAGAAAAUACACACAGGCGCAACUUAAAACUGGUGCUAAUUUUUCUGGUGCUGGCAAGCUGCAGUCAGAUCAACCACCCUCAUCAUCUGCUGCCAGCCUAAAGAUAUGGCAGAUUUUAAACCCUACUCUCCAAAACCUUUUUCUGUCCAAAAGGCAACCCAAAGUUAUCUUGACGAAUGUCCUGAGGACGAAAACUGGAAGAAAAUACAUAGACAGCCACGUAAUAAUUGAUGCAAAUUUAUCUGAUGGUGACAAAUUACAAUCGGGUCAACUACCCUCAUCAUCUGUUGACAGCCUACAGACAUGUCAAAUAUUAAGUUCUCCUCAUGAAAAUUCUUUUCUCUCUGAAAGGUCUGAGCUUUGUCUGAGAAAGGCACAUGAUGAUCUGCGUAAAUUGACCAAGGCUUCUCAGGAGCCAGAAAAAAAUAUCUUAAGUUUGAGAAGACGGGAGCUGCAGAAGAAAGAAAACAAGAACUAUAGUGAACUGGAAAAGAGGAGCAGAAAUAUGAACAGCACCACUCUUGGUCAGAAGGAAUUGGGCCCUUUUGAUGCUGAGAAAAGGAAAAGAAGAUCUAGUGGCCACAUUUCUGAUGAUUGUAAUGCACACAUUCCACAAAAAUCGCUUCUAUUGUCUAAAGAGCAAAGAUUGAGUUCAACUCAGUCUCCUGGCCGCAGAACACCCUCUGAGAGUGGACAAGGUCACAGAUCUAACACAGUUCUGGUGCCAGAUUGUAUUCCUCAGCCGUUAGAGAGAGACUGUAAAGACACUUCCACUCACAAGCACUUAAGGCCUGCUCACAGCUGCACAGAGGAGCCUGACUCGGAGUCUUCUUCCAGAAAUUUGUCAGAGAAACAGUUUUCUACCACCAGUGAGGACUUGUUUUCGCCACAUGUUAGUACCAUCAGGAAAUUAAAGAUGGACCCAUCACAGUACCUGAGCAAGCUGCGGAGCAGAAUCUGCAGGGGUAACGGACAACUUGUUUCAAUUGACCCAAUCAUCCUUUCCAGUGAUGAAGAUGACGAAGAUGGAUCUGAACCAAAAUGCACAGAGCUGCUGCAGGAAAAUAUCCCUGACAAUAAAGAAACAGACCAACAAUCCAACUUCUAUUUCUCAGGAAAGCAAUUGGAAGGCAAGAUGGAGAGACAUACAGAGCAGUCUUUAACAGAGUCAAUUGAAGAUACAUGUCCUAUCACCUUACCUUCUGGAAGCACGCCUAGAAAACAGAUGAACCCAGCACUGAAUAUUGAAUUUGAUAGUCUGUAUGUUGGGAAAUUCAAAUUCUUAUCAACAGGUCCUGCUAGGUUUACAACCAAGUUUAUUACAAUCCCAUUUCAGG